GGUGGAAUGGCAUCCCACUCUUUUAGAUGUGCCUGCUCAGACUAAGUUUGAUUACACUGUGACUGACUUAAAUGGAGGACCUCGACCUCCCUCACCCUAUGAGGAGCAAUACAAAAAGACCACAUUCAAGGGUGGUGCAAUUGCAGGACAGCUGACAACAGUAGGGAUGCAGCAGAUGUUUGCCCUGGGGGAGAGGCUGAGGAGAAGCUAUGUGGAAGAAGCCAACUUUCUCUCACCAACAUUUAAGCCUGCUGAGGUCUUGAUCUGUUGUCAUUGUCACUGAUGAAGCAAGCUCUGAAAUCCUCUACCCCAAUUACCACAACUGCCAACGCCUGAAAUGCUUGAGCAGGCGUAAGUUGAAGAAUGCUCUGCAACAGCCAGGUAUCUCUGAUGACUUGAAAACAAUUAAGGAGAAGAUGGGUAUUGAUGGUGAUAAAUCUGUGGAUUUUUUUCUCCUCCUUGAUAACAUUCUUGCUGAGCAGGUGCACAAUUUGCCAAGCUGCCCCGUGCUGAAGAACUUUCAGCAGACAGUUGAGCGUCGAUCUGUUGACUCGCUGCUUUUCCUUCUGGAAGACGGUUCAAGAGAAGUUCUUCAGAUGAGUGUUGGUCUCCUUUUCCAUACCUUACAGAAGAACAUUACAGAAGCCGUAGAUUCCUCAUCACCAGCUGAAGAGGCCAGAAAGCUCAUUCUCUAUGCUUCUCAUGAUGUUACCCUCAUUCCUCUCCUGGUGGCACUGGGCACCUUUGAUCACAAGUGGCCACCUUAUGCUGCAGAUGUGACCCUGGAACUUUAUCAGCACCGGCAGUCCAAAGAAUGGUUUGUUUGCACGUCUUACCAUGGAGAGGAGCAAGUGGUGAAAGGAUGUAGAGCAGGUCUCUGCCCACUCGAAGAAUUUCUACAAGUUCUUUCACAGUACUCAGUCAGUCCAGAGGAGUACAGUAACCUUUGCUCACAAAUGGAGGGGAAUCAGCAAACUGAGUCCUGAUUAAGUUGUCUUAAAUUAAAAUUAGUUUAAGAUGGUGAAGAAAAAAAAAACCCAG